CAUAAAUACGGCUGUUUGUAAAUAUUGAAAAGAAACUAUGAAUCACAAUAUGAAAAAGUGCAUUAACUUGAGUGACAUAAAUAACAAGUUUACAGAAGAAGUGUUAACAGAUAUUAUUUCUAAAACAUGUAAUAGAAAAGAUGUACAAUUGACGGAUUGGGAUUUUAACGAGGGAUCUGCUAAAGGAGACAAUUAUUUAUCUAAUGUUUAUAAGGGCAAAGUGAAUGGUAUUAUCAGUGGUAAUCCAAAGCAACAUGUGCAAGUGAAUAUCAUUGUAAAGUCAAUGCCAAAAAAUCCUGGCACAAGAAAGACUCUCAGAUGUGCAGACUUUUUCCGUAAUGAAAUUGCUUUCUAUACAAAGGUUGUUUCUAAAUUUGAAAAUUUUUUGACGAACAAAGGACAGAACGAUCUGUUAUGUAUACCACGUUAUAUAAUGUCUUUCAUAGAUAAUGAAAAUGAUUUUCUAAUAUUGGAAGAUGUCUCUUGCUUAGGAUUUCGUGGAGCAUCGCGACAAAAUUGCUUAGACUGGACAGAAUGUAUAGCAAUCUUGAAGACAUUAGCUAAAUUUCAUGCAAUUUCAUUUGCGUAUAAGGAUCAAAAGAAAGAAGAGUUUAUAAAAAUUACAGAUUCUUUAGAAGAAACUUUCUUUGGCAGUAACCACUGGGACUGGUAUAAAAAUUAUCAUAAAAAGGCACAAGAUAUAAUUAAGCAUGCAUUAACCACCGAAUAUCCCAACAGUGAAGCUGAGAAAAAGUACAAUUCUUAUGAAUUUGGUGCUCUUUUCAACAAAUGCAGAGAAUUAUGCGAGACAAGACACGCACCUACAUCUGUUGUAAUUGAGGGUGAUUGUUGGGCUCCAAAUUUUUUAAUCCGGGAUAUUGGUCAAAGUCAAAAGGAAGCAUUAAUGCUUGAUUUUCAGCUUGCACGUUGUGCUAGUCCUAUCUUGGACUUAUCAUUCCUAAUUUAUUCUUGCACUCUAAAAUCAUUUCGUGAUCAGUACUUUGAUGAUAUGUUAAAAAACUAUUAUUCGGAAUUAAACAAUGCUAUUAAAUUACUUGGAUCUGAUCCAGAUAAAAUUUAUCCAUGGGACUUAUUCAUGCAGGAGGUAAAGGAGCAAUUUAUUUUUGGUGUAUUAACUGCACUUGAAGCUAUUCUACUAAGCUUAAUAGAUAUACCUGAAUCAUUUAACAUAAAUACCGUUAUUCAGGGUAAUGAGGCAAUAGAUAUUGGUGAAAUAUCAUUUCUCCAUCCCGUUGAAACAACAAGUGGAAGACGAAGAUUGGCAGAUGUGAUAGUUCAUGCUUUUGAACAAGGAUACAUAUAAUAUUAAUUUAUAUAAAAUUAUUUAUUGAUAAAUAAUA